AUGAGUAGUACCUAUUGUGGCAACUCUUCAACUAAGAUGAGUGUCAACGAAGUAUCAGCUUUUUCAUUGACUCUGGAGCAAAAAACUGGCUUUGCUUUUGUUGGGAUUUUGUGUAUAUUCUUGGGACUUCUUAUUAUCAGAUGCUUCAAAAUCCUCUUAGACCCGUAUAGUAGCAUGCCUUCCUCUACAUGGGAAGAUGAAGUUGAAGAGUUUGAUAAAGGGACAUUUGAAUAUGCACUUGCGUGAGAGUUCCACCAUUAAGGCUUUUAGGGCUAUGCCACUACGACACAUGGAAGAUACAAUUGUAAUUUCC